AUGGUGGGUACUCGUAGUAAUGGUAACCCAUACAGUGGCAAUGGUCAGAUGCCUGAAGCAGAUCCGCAGCAGCUUUUAGCGAUGAUUCAAGGGCUGGUAACGAACCAGCAAUUCUUAGCUGGGCAUUUGCAGCAGGAGCCUCAGCACCAGCAUCCCCCUCGCUCGGAGCCUGGUGUUAGAGAGUUCCGGUAUAUGCGGCCUCCUUCCUUCUCCGGUGCUGAAGGACCUCUAGCAGCAGAAGAAUUCCUGAAGGUUACCGAGACUAUCCUUACGGUGACCCGCAUUGCCCCUGCAGAGUGGGUGGACCUUAUGGACGUCCAGCUCACUGAUACAGCUAGAAUCUGGUGGGCUGCUGAGAAGACACACCUAGAGAGGCCGAUUCUGUGGGAGACAUUCACGGAUCGCUUCAAUAUGAAGUAUUUCCCUCAGUCAGCCCGAGAUGAGCUCCUGCGUAGAUUUGUCGAGCUUAAGCAGGGGAGUCGAUCAGUCGACGAGUACGAGGCCGAGUUCUCUUCUUUGAGCCGAUAUGCUCCUCACUUAGUUACAGACCCUGCGAUUAGGAGGCAUCAGUUCCAGAAGGGCCUAGACAAGUACAUUAGGAUGGCUCUGGCAGGUAGAGCUUUGGCGACCCAUGAUGCGGUGCUGGAUGCAGCACGGGAGAUUGAGAGCGUGCAUAAGGAGCCUGAAGACUCCCACGUGAUUCAGAGCAGGACACCAGCAGCUCCGGCCCGGAAUGUUGAGCGUCCCCCUCCGAGACAGCAGCAGCAGGGUCCACAGAGGCAGCAGCACUCUCAGCGUCAGCCAUUCCCUCAGAGUCACCCUUAUCAGCGCCCGGGAGUGCAGACUCGCGGCCAACCUUCGGUGAGGUGUUCCUAUUGCAGCUACCCUGGUCAUACUCUGCAGGAUUGCCCCAGGCGUCUUCACCUAUGCUUUAGCUGUGGGUCCCCCGAUCAUAUCAGUCGAGACUGUCCUCAGAAACAGCAGGCCCGGUUGCCCACACCUCCAGUUCGAACAACUCUUCUAGCUCCGCCUCGACCAGCCCCGGCAGCACAGCCUCAGCACAGAUCCUAUCCUCGAGCAGGGCCUCUUCCUCCACAGCAGCAGCGUUAUCAGGAAGCACACCGGCAGCAACCUCAGCGACAGACGUUCAUGAUGUCAGCCGUAGAAGCUGAGGCGAACGAUCGAGUUAUCACUGGCAAGGUCCUUGUUUCUUCCGUUCCUGCUUUAUCACUCUUCGAUUCUGGAGCCUCCCAUUGUUUCUUGUCUCGUCGCUUUGCGAAUACCCACUCUCUUCCUAUAGCUCCUUUGACUACGGGCUGGAAUAUUAACACUGGCAGUGGUGUCUUAGUAGCAUCCAGUGGUUAUGAAGCAUGCCCUGUAGUCAUCUGCGGGAGGGAACUCUUCGCAGAUUUUCUGGUGAUAGAUUUGCCGAGCUUUGAUGCAGUUUUUGGGAUGGAUUGGUUGGGGUCGUUCUUUGCCACCAUUGAUUGUCGUCGUCGGAGCGUAGUAUUCGAGAUACCGGAUCAUCCGAGAUUUGAGUUCACUAGUGGUAGCACAUCGGCCGGACCUGUGGAGUUCAGAGCUAGACCGAAGAAGGCGACGUUAGCUGCGAUGCAAGUGGAAUCCGAGAAGCCAAUUGUAGUUCAGGAAUUUGAAGAUGUGUUUCCCGAUGAUAUUUACGGAUUACCACCGGAUCGAGCAAUUGAGUUUUCUAUAGAUUUGAAGCCUGGAACUGCUCCGAUCUCCAAGACUCCUUAUCGUAUGCCUCCGGCUGAGUUGGCCGAGCUUCGGACUCAGUUGGAUGAUCUUUUGCAGAGAGGCUUGAUACGACCUAGUGUAUCAGCCUGGGGAGCACCUGUGUUGCUUGUGGGUAAGAAGGAUGGAUCCAAGCGGAUGUGCAUCGACUAUCGGGAGUUGAAUGCUGUGACAGUGAAGAAUAAGUAUCCACUUCCCCAUAUCGAUGAUAUCUUUGAUCAAUUGGGAGGAUCGGGAGUAUUUUCUAAGCUGGAUUUGCGGAGCGGGUAUCACCAGGUGAAGCUCCAAUUUGAAUUCUGGUUCGAAUUUGGUUCAAACUGGUUCGAAAUUGACCCAAACUGGUCCAAUCUAACUCAAUCUGGUUCAAUCUGGCCUAUUCUGGCUCACUCUGGUCUGGUCUAG